ACCAAAUGUCUCACUACACCAACAAAAGCCAAGCAACCGUUCAUGAUAAGAAUGGUUUACCAGUCUACGGUUUAGACAAGGAAUUAGCCAAAAAACAAGCAGGAAAACACGAUCCACAGAAAGAAAAAGAAGUCAGACAAUGGAUCGAAGCAGUCACUGGCACCAAAUUCUCCUCCAACGACUUUCAAGAAUCACUCAAAGAUGGCGUUUUAUUAUGUAAACUUGCCAACAAGAUUAAACCAGGAAUUGUGAAAACCAUCAACUCUGGUAAGAUGCCAUUCAUGUGUAUGGAGAAUAUUGGUUAUUUCUUGAAGGCAGCUGCAGAAUUAGGUUUAGAUACUCAUAACACAUUUAUGAGUGUUGAUUUAUAUGAGGGAAAAAACAUUCCACUCGUAAUUAUGGCCUUAUAUAGUUUUGGAUCAGUUGUUCAGAAGAGAGUUGGAUAUAAUUUACCUACUUUGGGAUUGAAGAUUUCUGAUAAGAAGGAAAUUGAAUUUACUGAAAGACAAUUGAGACAAGCAAAUGCUGAAGUUGGUCAACAAUUUGGAGCUGCUUCAGUUAAACAUGAUACUGGAAGAUCAAUUUCUAAUGAAGUUGUUAAGGUCAAGAGUACUGGAGAUUCUAGAGCUGUCUCACAACAAACUGGUGGAUCUGUUAAGCAUGAUACUGGAAGAUCAAUCUCAAAGGAGGUUGUUAAAGUGAAUAACACUGGUGAUUCAAGAGUUUUCUCACAACAAACAGGAGGAUCUGUCAAACACGACACUGGUCGUUCCAUUUCACAUGAAGUUGUUAAGGUCAAUAAUACUGGAGAUUCAAGAGUCUUCUCUCAACAAACUGGUGGUUCAAUCAAGCACGACACUGGUCGUUCCAUCUCGAAUGAAGUUGUUAAAAUCAAACCAUCAACUUCAACAUCAAGCAAAUCAAGUUCUGGAUCAAAUUUGGAUGAAUUGGAAAAGCUUGGUAAUUUAAGAGACAAGGGAAUUAUCACUGAAAGAGAAUUCCAACUCAAGAAGAAACAACUUUUAGGAUUGUAAUUUUACAAAUCUCAAAAUUUUUCUAACUGUGUGAAAACUAUAAAUUGUAUAUUAUUCU